AUGGACCAAUCAACCAUGUCUGCCGGUGCAAAUACUACCGCUGCUGCUACAAAUUACGAGUUCGACACUACCAAUGCCUUCGCACCAGAUGCCGUGUUCAUCGACAGAGUCCGUCGUUUCCAGGAGUUUCUAGACACCUUUGCAGACUACAAGGAGUCCAUAAGGUCUAUUCAAUUGUACAACAGUACCUCUAAUAACAAUGUUGCUGACGAUGACGACGACCUCGACCUCGAGGACGAUAUAGACGCUGUGAAAAAGCAAACGACAAAGACAAAACCCGAUGUCCUACCUCAAAGAAUAACCAUCUCAUUGGACGAUUUGAGAGAAUUCGAUAGGACUUUCUGGGUGGGGAUCUUAACGGAACCUGCUUAUUUCAUUCCUCCCGCAGAGAGAGCACUCACGGAUGCUGCUAACGCCAUUGAAGAAAAUGGUUCAUUCGCCGCUACACAGGCUUCCUCCUCGACUUCUUCGAGAACUCCUUGGAGUCUUUCAUUCAAGGGGUCCUUCGGGGCACAUGCAUUGUCCCCCAGAACAUUAAAUUCUCAAUUCUUAAAUAAAUUAAUCUCCAUCGAGGGGAUCGUAACAAGAACCUCGCUUGUGAGACCAAAAUUGAUUCGUUCAGUGCAUUACGCGGAAAAGACAGGAAGAUUUCACUACAGAGAUUACACAGACGCAACAACAACAUUGACAACAAAGAUCCCCACCCCGGCAAUCUAUCCUACAGAAGAUACAGACGGGAAUAAAUUAAUUACUGAAUAUGGGUAUUCCACUUUUGUUGAUCAUCAAAGAAUUACCAUCCAGGAAAUGCCCGAAAUGGCCCCCGCAGGUCAAUUACCAAGAUCCAUUGAUGUCAUCCUCGAUGAUGAUUUGGUGGAUAAGACGAAACCAGGGGAUAGAGUUAAUGUCAUUGGUGUCUUCAAAUCCCUCGGUGCUGGUGGGUUGAAUAAUGGUGGGAAUGGUGGAGGUGCAGAUUCAGGUGCCUCCAUGAGUGGAUUUAGAACUUUGAUCAUUGGGAACACGGUGUACCCCUUGCAUGCAAGAUCCACUGGUGUCUCCGCAAGACAAACUUUAACAGAUUUUGAUAUUAGAAAUAUUAAUAAAUUAUCCAAGAAGAAGGACAUUUUCGAUGUAUUGGCACAAUCUUUGGCUCCAUCCAUUUAUGGUCAUGAACAUAUAAAGAGAGCUAUUUUAUUAAUGUUAAUGGGUGGGGUGGAGAAGAAUUUGGAAAAUGGUUCGCAUUUGAGAGGUGAUAUUAACAUCUUAAUGGUGGGUGAUCCAUCCACUGCCAAAUCUCAAUUAUUAAGAUUUGUCCUAAAUACCGCCUCACUGGCCAUCGCUACGACGGGUAGAGGUUCAUCGGGUGUCGGUUUAACCGCCGCUGUCACUAACGAUAGAGAAACAGGUGAAAGAAGAUUGGAAGCAGGUGCCAUGGUUCUCGCAGAUCGUGGUGUGGUUUGUAUUGAUGAAUUUGAUAAGAUGACUGAUGUAGAUAGAGUCGCCAUCCAUGAAGUUAUGGAACAACAAACUGUAACCAUCGCCAAAGCUGGGAUUCAUACUACUUUAAACGCACGUUGUUCUGUCAUUGCAGCAGCAAAUCCUGUGUUUGGUCAAUAUGAUGUUAAUAGAGAUCCUCAUCAAAAUAUUGCCCUACCUGAUUCCCUUUUAUCUCGUUUUGAUUUAUUAUUCGUGGUGACUGAUGACAUUAACGAAAUCAGAGAUAGAUCCAUUAGUGAACAUGUCCUAAGAACACAUAGAUAUUUACCACCAGGUUACUUGGAAGGUGAACCCAUUAGAGAAAGAUUAAACUUAUCCUUGGCUGUGGGAGUAGAUGAUAACAUUAAUGAAGAAAAUAAAGAUGGAGGUGAAGAAGAUGAAGAAGAUCAAGUGUUUGAGAAAUUUAAUCCAUUACUACAAGCAGGUGCAAAACUAGCCAAGAAUAAAGGUAAUCAUAAUGGUACUGAAAUUCCUAAAUUGGUUACCAUCCCAUUCUUAAGAAAAUACGUUCAAUAUGCAAAGGAAAGAGUCAUACCUCAAUUAACUCAACAAGCUAUCGACGUUAUUGUGAAAAAUUAUGCUGAUUUAAGAAAUGAUGAAAAUACAAAGAAAUCACCAAUUACAGCAAGAACUUUAGAAACAUUAAUCAGAUUGGCCACUGCACAUGCCAAAGUUAGAUUAUCAAAAACUGUGAACAAACGUGAUGCUAAUGUAGCUGCAGGUCUCUUGAGAUACGCUUUAUUAGGUGAAGAUAUAGGUGAUGAUAUCUAUAAUGAUUCAGAUGAAAUGGAAACACCAAAGAGAUCACCUCACAAAUCACCCAAAAAGAAACAAAGAACAACAAGACAAAGUGUUCCUGGGACGUCUACUGGCUCUCCAGUGAAGGCAAAAUCGCGUGUUUCACCAUCAAAAAGAACACCUCGUCGUAAACUAACCCUUCAAGAUGAUGAAGAAGUGGACAGUGAAAACCAAGAUGAUGAGGACUACAUAGAGGAAGGUUAUUCAGAUUCAGACCAUCCAAUGGUACCACUAUCACAAAGUGAAGAGGAGGCCUUACAGAAGAGAAUGGAAAUGGGUCUAAGAGUAUCGACAAGGCGUCAAGAGCAAUUAGCUUCAAGUCAAACUGGCGGUGGUCCUCUAACUGAGAUGGGUAGUCCAAGAAUACCUAAUAUUGCCACCAACGAAGAAGAAAGUGAAGAACAGGAAUCAAUUACAUAUGAAAAUGUUGACUCUAAUAUCAUUUCAACAGGAAGAUUAUCAUUACUUUCAGGUAUUAUUGCUGGUUUAAUGCAAACUGAUCUAUUCGAAGAUGAUUCAUAUCCAGUAGAUGCGUUAUUGGAUAAGGUUAACGAAGAUUUACAAGAUGAAGAGAAGUUUUCUAUGGCCGAAUAUUUGGCAGGUCUAAAAGUCAUGGCUAAUAGAAAUAACUUAAUGGUCACCGAGGGUAAGGUCUGGCAAGUGUAA